AUGUCGAAGUUGUUGACAGUGGCAGAUGUGCGCGGACAGAGGGAGGCUUUAGCUGGCAAUCACGAGGAAAAUAGUUGCGAUAUCAGCCGAGGCAGUAGUGGUAGAGGAAAUUCGAGCGAAGUUGCUGCAAAUAGCGAUACUGAAUCAAAGCUGAGUUGUGAUGGCGUUAGGUUGAUGGAGAUAUACAAAGGGAGGAAUAUGCUAACGAUUUCUUGUGAAAUUGAUGCGAGUGAAGGAGAUGAGUUGCUGGAAUUUGUUGAUGUUGUUGGAGAUGAGCGGAAAAUUGAAGGAGAGGCGGAUUGUGGAGAAGAUUAA